GGUGGUGGCGGACGCCGCUCUGCCUCACCUGACGUCAAAAUAUGCAAUAGUGUGUGUAGUAUUAACCCCUGGGCUUAGAAACAGUGUGUAAAUAGUGUGCAAAUCUAGUCUUGCAUGGGAACUAACUCGCUGCAUGGGCCGGUGAAGCGCGUGGUGAUAAUUUUUAACUCAGGAAGUGUCAUAUCUCUCAGCAACGGAUGUUUUGUGUGAUUAAAGGCCCACGGUUGUGUCAUGGCCGCGACGCAAGGAUAUAUAAGUGGGCAGGAAAUCCCACUAGACGAUCUGCCCUCAUGGAAAAGAGAACUGAUACUUCGAAAAAGAGCUAAUGCAAGAAUCCACGGAGCAGUGGGCCUGCCUGCUCCCACACCGAUGGCUGGUCGGGGACGAGGCUCGCUGAGUGGCCCAACAUCGUCUACAUCAUCCCAACUGAGUGGCCCGCAGGAGGCUCCAUGCUCGCUGAGUGGCGCGGGUCCCCCCUACCCCCGCUCCAACACCACAACGGCAGUCAGUACUCGUGGUGUGGGUGUGCGGGGAGCUGUGCGUGCCGAGGAUGCGUGGAAAGACCGAAAGUAUGCUGUAACAAGUGAUCCUCCAGCCACCACUGUCCAUACUACCAUGCACCACAAGGGCCUGCACGACGAGGGCCCGCGGGUCACCUCACCUGCGUAUUCCUCCGUCAGUGACUCUUAUGCCGCCGAGGACGAGGAGUUGCGGUAUGGCCCCGGUAUCGUGUCCAAGCUUAAGAACCGGUACAUGAGCCUUGCCAUGAGGGAGAGUCGCUCUAGACCCUCCCUUCGUAAGUUCAGCUCUUUGGAGGACCUGCUGGACAGCGAACCACGGGGCCCGGUGGCCGCUAAGCCCCGUACUGCCCCGGACUCUGCCCCGGCGCAUCGGCGGGAGGUGAUGCGGCGGGCGCGUUCCGUGGACUCCCUCAGCAGCAGGCUGGCCGAGGAUUCAAGGCGUAUUCGGGCGCCUGCCAUGGCCAAGAGUAAAUCUGCCUCAAGUCACCUCCAGUCUAGUCUGAAUCCUCUCGGAAAGGAAGACGUUAUCAUCAUUGAGACAAGCAGGAGUCCCGUCGCUCGGGAACCCCAGGCAGUCAACGGCGCGGCCCAUCGCGCCAUGGAGCCGUCUCGCUCCCGCCAGCGUCAACUGUCCUCCUCCACCAUGGGAGAGGAGGAGGACCUGCCGCCCCCAGACACUGUGCGUCACGCCAAGAGAAUAUUCGAGUCCUCGGGCGGCAGACCUCCGCGGGGCACAGCGGCCCGGAUUGCUGCCCACAAGGCGGCUCAGUCCUCCAAGUCUAACGGCGUGGCCCCGGCCUCCAAGCCCGCCCUCAAGGCCAAGCCCGCCGUGGUGCCGCCCCGCAAAGUGACGCCCCCCUCUGGCCCCACCCAUCCCGUCACUAUAGAGGAAGCGAAGGUUUCUCUGAAGAAGGUCACGCAGGUGGUGCGGCCCACCCCCCGAUCAACACUGAGUGUGAGGGCCACAGCCCCGAGUGGUGAGGGCACGGCUGGCGGUGUUAGUAGGCAGGAGGCUGCGGCCAAGGAGAGGGUGCCCCUCGGCCUGACGCCCGUCACCGCCUCAGUCACAGCUCCUGUGGUGAACGGUGACCCCGCGCCCAGGCAAGCACGGGGCGAAAGUUGCAGUGCGGGCGAGGUGGAAGAAGGGGUGAGGAGGAUAUCCAGCGCCGCUGUCUCAAAUAUCAGGAGUGAGAGUCAUUCUCAGGAAUUUAACUUUACUGACCGCUCUGUGAGCUCCCCAGUAGCCCCCAAGCCAGCCUCUCCAACCCCCUCUCCGCUGCCAGCCUCCCCGAUAGCCUCCCACAGGGUGCCCUCACAUCCCCCACUGAGUAGCAAAGUUGAGAGGGUUGAUGAAAGUGAUCGUGUCCACCUAGAAAACCUGAAGAACGUGGAAAAGUCUCGGUCGCCGCCCGUGGAUGUUCAUACCAGCCCUGUUCUCCCUUCCAAGGUGGAGUCGCCUCCACAGCCCUCACUUAACGUUGUCAAGCAGGGCAAAGUGGAGUCUGGCGUCCCAGACCCCAGAGGGGAGGGGAAGGUCUCUCCAAAGCAAGGUUUCACUAGGAAAGUGGAACCCAAAUCCGAGGUGCGAUCGGUGGGGGAGUCGGAGCCCGCCAAGCCCAGCCCGCCCCCCGCCGAGGAACUGGUGAGGGGGGUCGUGGGCAGAGGCGGGCUAGUCGAGGCUUUCAAUAAAACGCCAGCUGGAGGCAGCCCGGGCGUCCUCGCCCCUACUAAGCCAUCGCCCAAGCGUUGGCACCAGCAGGAAAAUACCACGCUAGUGUUUAACUUCACCAGCAGCAAAAAGGAAACGCCGGACUACAUCGAGAAUGACGGCAUUGACUUGUCCCGGAGACGACCAGAGCUGGACUCUGGCUACGUCAUCAUGCCGGGCUGGGACGGCCGCAUGGACUCCAGCACCGACGGCGACGACCUGGACGACGGCCUGGACUACCUCGACAGCCGGCCAGGUGUUCCCCCCGCACCUUCAGGCAUUGUGUUUGAGGGCGAGGCGGUCAUUAUCAAUGGGAGGAGCAACCUGCAGCGGCAACCCAGGACUCGGAAGCUCAAAAUCUCCUUCGACGACACGUUAACCUCCACGUAUGAGUACCCGAGUGAGAACUAUCUGCUGGAGGAGGCCGGCUUGCUGCCCGCCGAGACCACCGAGGGACCCUCCGCCUCCCAAGGAAGGGGCAGAAGUGGCACCCCGCGUCCAAUGGUGUCAGGCACUUGCAGCGUCACCAUACAAGUGGGGGAGGGUAGUAGGACUAGCUCUGCUUCACACCAUAAAUCCUCAAUUGAACUACUUUCUCAGCCUUCACAUAGUCCUCAACCCUCAGAUGCAUUUUCAUUCCCUUCCUUAGGUUUGCUUACAUCUGCCUAUCAAGACCACAGAGCUCUUCCCUCAAGUAGUUGGGAAGACAAUAAUGCUGAGGUAGUAUGGGCUAGUAGGAACAUAGUAAAAGGCCCCAGAGAUAGUUUUGGCAAAGUUGGAUCCAUAAAGUUUGGCAAGAAAGGUAAAAAGCUUUUGUCUGAUCCUGUUGUUGAGAUAAGUAGCAGUAAGGAAAAUAUAACCAAGUUUACUGCUUCACACACCCCACCACCACCCAAACCUGAUGCUCCUCAGUUGACACCAGUCAUGACACCCAUGCUAAAUGCUAUAAAUUCAACACCAUCACCUAAACCAGUUGCUCGUCACUCAACACCACAGUCUGAGCCAGGUACCCCAGGCCCAACACCAGUACCCAAGUUCAUUGCCACACAGUCAACAUUACCACCAUGCCCAGCACCAGUGUUUAAAAGCUCAGACAAGACAUCACCUAACUCAGAUGUUCCAGAUUCACUGCCACCACCAAGGCCAGCUCCUCCAAACUCAGCACCAAACCACAAGCCAAAUCCCCCACACACAAAAUCAUCAUCCAAGGCAAACACCUCUUUAUCACCACCACCCAAGCCGGCUCCACCACACAACACACCACCACCCAAGCCGGCUCCACCACACUCCACACCACCACCCAAGCCGGCUCCACCACACUCCACACCACCACCCAAGCCAGCUCCACCACACUCCACACCACCACCCAAGCCACAGUCAAGACCACAACUCAAGUCAGAUGGUCCACAGCCAUUAUCACCAGCCAAGCCCAGUGCACCUUUCUCACCUCACUUAGCAUCAAAACCAAAAGCAAAUUCACCACACUCAAAGCCACAACAGAAGGCAGACACCACAGAACCACAACAGAAGGAAAGCCUCCCUCACUCAACACCACCACCAUCCACUGCAGACAACUCACACUCAACACUGCACCCGAAGCCGAAGAAUAGACGCUCAAAAAGAAAAGGAAACAAAGAUGCUUCACAUCCAACACAAGCACCUAAGAAUAAAACGCCUAAAACACCACACUCAACACCAGCACCAUCCAACUUGGAUGUUCAACACUCAUUUCCAACACCCACACCAAGGAGUGCACCCUCCACCCCAACUCCUAAGCCUAGGACUCAAAUACCACAAAAUACAGUGACAAGUCACAGUGUUAAGGCAGCCAGGCACCUUGAAACUUCUCAAGGACAUGGAGCUGAAAGUGAUCAACCUGCGCCUCAGGUUUCCAUGACACAGAAAACGUUUUCUCAAACUUCAGAAUCAAAUGGUAAAAUUGACACAAAAUCAAAUUAUAGAGUAAGUAAAGUAUCAUCACCUCAGACUCAUCUAAAUAAGAACAAGGUAGUAGAUCAUGGCAAAGAAGUAAAAAAUUUUACUUCUGACUCCCAAUCAGUUGUACAGUUUCAGAAAAUGAAGGUAGAAAAAGAUAACCAGGAAGGCCACAAGCAAAUGUCUCAUGAUGUUGGUUCAGCAAGCAGCAGAAAUCCUCUCCACUUGGAACUGGUCAGCAAAUUCACAACUUCAUCCAGCUCUGACAAAAAGAUUUCUUGCCUCCGAAAGGUCAAAACUAAAGAGCCCAGGAGUGUUAAGGAAAUGUUUUCUGAUUAUAGUUUUGACAAACACCAAAGCAGAACACAUGAUGAAUUGCAGUACAGUACUAAAUCUAACCAGACAGUUAGGUCUGCAGAAAACCUGGAAGUGACUACUAAACCACUUAUAAGUCUUUCGGAACCAAUAACGAAGAAAGCUGCAGAGACAAUGCAUAAUUCUGAAAUAUAUGAUUUUACCGGCAAAAAAACACCUGCCACUCCUCUGGUGUCACAAACUAGGGACAGAUCAAACAAACCCAUCAUGGCCCAUCACCAGUCUCUCAGAGUGUCAAAAACUGGUUCAAGUACAGAAAAUGCCACCAGUGAUUCUUUCACUCGUGGCAUUGCAGCACGGAAAUCACUCAGCACAUUGGAGUGUGUGGUGCAGCUGUGA